AAUUUUUCUUUUUAUAUUUACUUUUUCUUUUCUCCUUAAAGAAAGUAAACAAACAAAGUCAUAGAUAUAAUCAUGGUUUCUCGUACCCACAAAUCAUUUUAUAUACCCACAUUUGGAGACCAAACAAUUGGAAACAGCAUCAAUAUCUAGUUCCAAUGUCACAACAUCUUAUAAUAGUGCUACCUUAGCUGUGAAAAUAACACUACCACUUUCAAGUUUCAACUUCUACUAUGUUCUAAUCUCAUUUCAACUCCUCAUUAUUUUGCUUGCUAUAUUUCAAGGUGAUUUUGGUGAUGGAGGAGAGACCAGAAACAGAACUGAUAUCAAUACCAGCGACACCAAGAGUGUCGACACCAGAAAUACUGACACCAUCAGGACAAAGGUCACCAAGACAAGGAUCAAAGGAAGCUAAAUCAUCAAAUGCAUGGACACCAACAUCUUUCAUAUCACCAAGGUUUUUGAGUCCAAUAGGAACACCAAUGAAAAAAGUGCUUAUAAAUAUGAAGGGUUAUUUGGAAGAAGUUGGUCAUCUUACUAAACUUAAUCCUCAAGAUGCAUGGCUUCCUAUUACCGAGUCUCGUAAUGGAAAUGCUCAUUACUCUACUUUUCAUAAUCUCAAUGCUGGUGUUGGUUUUCAAGCUCUUGUUUUGCCUGUUGCUUUUGCUUAUCUUGGCUGGAGUUGGGGAAUUAUUUCAUUAACCGUGGCAUACUGUUGGCAAUUAUACACCUUAUGGAUUUUGGUUCAACUCCAUGAAGCAGUUCCAGGUAAAAGGUACAACAGAUAUGUGGAGCUAGCUCAAGCUGCAUUUGGGGAGCGGUUAGGAGUAUGGCUUGCACUUUUCCCGACAGUUUAUUUAUCAGCAGGAACUGCAACAGCUUUGAUUCUCAUUGGAGGGGAAACCAUGAAACUGUUCUUCCAAAUAGUUUGUGGUCCAACAUGUACCUCAAAUCCUUUAACCACAGUGGAGUGGUACCUUGUUUUCACAUCUCUAUCCAUUGUCCUUUCUCAGCUUCCAAACCUCAAUUCAAUUGCAGGACUGUCACUAAUAGGGGCUGUUACUGCCAUUACAUACUCAACCAUGGUUUGGGUUCUCUCUGUGAGCCAACAAAGGCCACCCUCUAUCUCUUAUGAACCUUUAUCACUGACGGCACCUUCAUCUUCAUUAUUUCUUGCAUUGAACGCACUUGGAAUUGUAGCAUUUUCUUUCCGAGGUCACAAUUUGGUCUUAGAAAUUCAGGCUACAAUGCCUUCGACGUUUAAGCACCCGGCUCGUGUGCCAAUGUGGAAAGGAGCCAAGGUUGCUUAUUUCUUCAUCGCAAUGUGCCUAUUUCCUAUGGCCAUUGGAGGCUUUUGGGCCUAUGGGAACCAAAUGCCUAAUGGAGGGAUUCUGACAGCACUAUAUGCAUUUCACAGUCAUGACAUUUCAAGAGGAAUUCUUGCCCUAGCAUUCCUUCUUGUAGUGUUCAGCUGUUUGAGCAGUUUCCAGAUAUACUCAAUGCCUGCUUUUGACAGUUUUGAAGCCGGCUACACAAGUAGAACGAACCGUCCUUGCUCGAUAUGGGUUCGGUCAGGUUUUCGAGUUUUCUUUGGAUUUGUGUCCUUUUUCAUAGGAGUAGCACUUCCUUUCCUUUCAAGUCUUGCUGGUUUGUUAGGAGGACUCACUCUUCCGGUCACUUUCGCAUAUCCUUGUUUCAUGUGGGUUCUUAUUAAACAGCCAACAAAAUAUAGCUUCAGUUGGUAUUUCAAUUGGGGUCUUGGUUGGUUAGGAGUUGCCUUUAGCUUGGCCUUUUCUAUUGGAGGUAUUUGGAGUAUGGUCAACGAUGGACUCAAAUUGAAAUUCUUCAAGCCUAAUUAAGUUUUCAUCAGCACGUACACUUCGUAUUGAAUGUGUGUUCUGUGUCCACACAUGUCAGUGUUCGACACCAAUACGACACUGACACAAUUGGUUACAUUGAACUAUUUUCUUUUCUCAAAUUACUACCGACGUGUCAAUGUAACUGUGUAAGUGUCAUGUCCGGUUUCUGCUUUCAGUGUUAUAGGUUUUAAGCUUGUUAUGUUAAUGUUUAGAAUUUAAAAUGAUGAUUGUUUGUAUUCAUAUUUGUUGACACCUUUAGAAGAAAAACAAAACACUGGUCUAAUAUGUUUCAAUUUGUAACCUCUUGUGAGUUUAAGAAGUGAAAGAUAAAAUUCCUCAAGGAAAUUUGAUUGGUCUAAA